CCAGGGGAGUGUUUGAGUCGCUAUUGAUCGCGUGGUACGGUGUGGUGUGUCGUGUGUGGUGUGUGGUGGUGAGGUGUGUCAGGCCAGGUACUGCUCACCUCGGCCUUGAGUGUCGCGGUAAGGUGUGGAUGGACCGUGGAGGCGCAGCUCGCGGGAAAGGGGUGGCUGUGCUGUUACUGUGGUUGUUGGCGUUGUAUGUAUGUGUGUGUGUAGUGACUCAAUACAUGCUGGAGGUUGUCAGAUUCACUUAACACACUUGCUGUGACAAGGAACACACCAGACAUGGAGACCAUAAAAGUGGCCUGCUACACCUGGAAUGUGGAGACAACGUGGCCUGACCAGGACCUGCACUCCCUGCUGGGGGUAAGCAAAGGUCCCGUCAUCAAGCGAGGUCUGGACGCUGCUCUGCCGGACAUUUACAUUAUUGGGCUGCAGGAGGUGAAGUCACAGCCUCAGAAUGUGAUCAUGGAUGCACUAUUUGAGGAGCCAUGGACCAACGCUCUCAGGGAAGUGGUGGGGCCACACAACUAUGUGAGAGUGACCGGCGAGAGACUGCAGGGCAUUGUCACCAACAUCUUUGUGAAGAGACACCACCUGCCCCACCUCAGGGACAUCCACACCUCUGUUGUCAGGACUGGCUUUGGAGGACUGUGGGGUAACAAGGGAGCCACCAGCAUCAGAUUCUCCUUGUAUGGGUGUUCAGUGUGUGUGGUGAACUGCCACUUGGCCCCACACGAUGCCGGCUACAAGGAGCGUGUCGACCACUUCAAUGCCAUUGUGGAUGGCACUCAGUUCCCGGUUCAGGAGACCAGCAACAUCCUCUACCAUGAUUAUGUGUUUUGGCUGGGUGACAUGAACUUCCGGUUUGAGGGACACAUGACCACAGAAGGCAUUGCAAAGUUCAUCACAGACAACAACUGGUCGAGGUUGGCUGAGGUGGAUGAGCUAAAGCAGGCACAGAAGAGUGGUGACGCCUUCUCCAUGUUCACCGAGGGACCUCUCACCUUCCCUCCCACCUACAAGUACUUGGAAGACACUCAGGAGUAUGACUUGAUGCGGCGGCCGGCGUGGACAGACCGCAUCCUCCACCAGGUCCAUGUUGAUGCCUAUGAGAACGUGAAGCUUGGCGUGGAGCAGACAACGUAUGAAGCAGCUCAGGAGUACAGGCAGUCCGACCACCGGCCAGUCCGAGCUCACUACAAGAUCAAGAUGUUUGCCAACCACGAGGAGCGCUGCGUCCACUUUGAGCAGCCAAGUUCGUGGGUGAUCGGUGAAGGUGGUCUGGUCAAGUUCACACUCGACUCAGAUGUGGUCACCUCCCCUGCUGACUACAUUGCCAUCUAUAAGGUUGACUUCACCUCUGUGCACCAGUACGUGAUCUACAUGUACCUGCCACAGCCGCCACCAGGAGCCCACAGCCACGCAACUUUGAGUUUAUGUUCAAUGACGAGCUGCUGCAGGAGGCAGGAAUGUACCGGCUGCUGUACUACUCCGGCAAGUACAGCUGCUACCUGGGCAUGAGUGACCCCUUCCCUGCCCUGCCUCAGUCAUAGGGAGCUGGUGAGUCCUCGUAGGGUGGCCUCUUUUAUGCUAUUUGAAACCUCUUCUUUAUAGACUUCCAAAUUGAUUGGAUCUUUUUUCUCUUUAUUAUGUUUGAUGUAAUUUUAGUAUUGUGAUAAUUUAUUGAAACAGCAAUACCACUGUUAUGAUUAUGGAAUCUUAUUAUAUAUAUGUACAUAUAUACAUGUUUAUAUAUACUAUAUAUAUAUGUAGGUAUAUAUAGUACAUGUAAUGAGUGGUUGCCACAUUGUUUGGCACCAGCACUGCACAAAGGUACUAUAUCAGUUACCAGAUAUUGAAGUAAUGCUGAAUGACACACCAGGUCUGUCUGUCUGUCUGUCUGCCUGCUGGGACAAUUCUCUGUUGCUCUGACAUGUCAUAUAUCGCGCCGCCUGCAGCACAGGAACUUGUCGUCUGCAGGGACAGAGUUAAGCAGGGAUGCUGUUUUUAUUUGUUGUUUUUUUGUCAAUGUAUUGAAUUGAAUACAGUGGUCUAUUUUUAUUUCACUGUACUGUUAUUUUAAUUGUUUUAUCCAUUUGUCAUUAUUCUUGGAAAUAGUUAUAAUGUUUUUAAAGUUUAAUAAUGUUGUUAAAGCGUUACAAUUUCUGGGCAAUGCAGCCUUUUUCUUUGAGCAUGUUGUGUUGGCAGACGUGUGUGGUAGCACUAAGUAACAUGGGGAGUACUUCUUCCAUUAUGAGAGUGGACCAUUGAAUGAUGAGGGAACCUGUUGAGUGGUGACACACUGCACUCCAGACAGCUGUUCUCGAGUACCCUGGGGAUGACUUCACCGCUGCCUUGGUGGGCUUGUUGGGCGUCAGGAGGGUGCAUGGCUCUGUGCCGUCACUUGUCUUGAUCUCAAGUCUGCUGUGGAAAGGGGUGGAGUUAUCAGUUUUCUUUAUGUACAAUCAUAGGCAAUACUUGAGUGACUUUCCAGAUUGUCUUUCACUCAGUGUUGAGUUUCAUUGCAGUCUUGAGUCCUUUGAUCUCUUGUCAGUCUUACAAACUCCAAUUAGUAGUUCACCAAAUAAGAGGACACAAUAUUGACAGUGAAGUGCAAGACAGAGGGAAUGAGUGGAGGUUUCUCAACAUCUAAUUAUGACUAUACUGUUGUUCAGAGUAGUGAUGUUGUUAUAUUAUUGUACUGAAUUGAUGUAAAGCAGUUUGUCUUAAUUUGUAUUCAUAUCAGCAUGGAAUACCUUGGACUGAGAUAUCACUACUUGAUGCAACCAUACACAAUGCUUUCUCAGGAGCUACCUUAUGUAGGCUGACUGUCUCUUGAAGUCUCCUUACUGUUGUCGUAAGUUUCUCAUUGUGUCUAAGUGGAAGGUCUUGGUUGUACAUGACUUGCAUAUCCAGAGUAACUGCUCACUGACAACCACAUGCAUAUCUUGGGCAGUGUGGCCAGGUGACUCAACAGGUCUUGCUUCUUGUGCAGCCUAUGUGUACAAGUUAUCAUUCAAAUUUGUAUAAGAUGAACAUUUUCUUUUAUUUCAGGUACAAUGUUGUUAAUAAUGAGUAGUGUGUAGCAUUGUAUUAUUUCAAGUCAGCAGUGUGUGUUAUUGGCUGGACUUUUUGUUUUAUUGAAGGUAUUGCUUGAAAGUGAGAGGUUUGUGUACUAAGUCAUUGCUUCUUCAUUGGUUUGUAGAAUGUAGGAAGUGUAGGCAUUUCUUGUUGCACCAUUUCAUGUGAGAAGUGUCGUUGAAUCUACACAGAAAUAUGGUGCAUAAAUCUCUUAAUGAGACGACUGUAGUGCCUCAGACUGACUCCCUUAAGCCUUCAGUAACUCAUCGCUUCAUUUCUCUGCUGUUGAGUGUUGACGAUUGAGGAGGAUAAGGAUGAAGGGAUGAUAGGGACAACUGCUUGGCAAUGUGAGGUGAAGGAGAAGAACAUGGAAGGCUCUCUAGCAGGGAUGUUUGUAAUUGAGAUACAGACAUAUUUUAGGAUUGUAUUAUAACAAACACUAACAUAUAUGGAACAUUCAUUUCUCUUUGCUCUCUUUUAAUGUAUAUGUUUUCAGUUAAUGUUUACUUCAACUCCAAGCAUCUCUGAUUAAGGUUAUUCUCAUUUGAGUUGCUUUACAUGAAACACUAAUGACUAUACAAACAGGAAAAGUGUUCUAGGUUAAUAGGUUACCGGGUCCAUUUGAACUAUUAAAGACUUUCAUUUGAUUUGCAUGAAACACUGACACUUGAUUCUGUGGAGAGGGGAAAGUUGUAGUAAUAUUGUGGGGAGGGGGGGUUGCAGUGUGGUGUGGGUGUGGGCAUUAGUUCAAGUGGUGUCUGUAAAGAGUAGUGUGGGGUGUGGGGUGUAUGGUGAGCUUGCCAUCUUUGUAGUGUGGUGAGGAGGUGUGGCUAGUAGCACAGGAGCCAUCUUUAUUGUAGUGUGUGUGUGUGUGUGUGUGUGUGUGUGUGUGUGUGUGUGUGUGUGUGUGUGUGUGUGUGUCAUUGCAAACCUGUGAACUAGAAAGGAAAUGUCACACUUCAAAGAUUUGUGUUCUCUUCGUUGCAACACUCGUGGAAUAUUUGUUGUUGGAGCUGGUGACUAGUGACUAUAACCUGUUUUUGAAGGAAGCAACCCUAACCAAAGGUACUUAAUACUCAGUUGCCCCAAAGAAUAUAAACUGUACUUUCUAUAACCUCAUAACCUGUCAGGCUUUUGUCUUUACAGCCGCUACAAGUCUUAAGACGUGUCAACUGUUACACUGAUUCUGUUCUGUGUUGAUCAUUGUGAAGGCAGUGUUGGAGAUUAGCAAUGAGCUCACCAGCCUCUCUGAAUUAUCUCCCUUUGUCUCGGUUAAAUGCUUUCUUCACACUGACAGAAGAAAUAGUAUGACAACAGUAAUAAUAAUGUCUAUAUACUGGAACAACAUUUUUCUUUUAUUUAUAUUUGUUCAUUUAUUCAUUCAUUUAUUCAUUUAUUCAUCUAUUCAUCUAUAUCCAAGAACUAGCUGCUUUUCAUGUGUGGAUUGUUGUCUGAGGAAAUAUAAGCAAGUAGGCUGACAUUGUUACUGUAGAUGGUUACAACAUGAAUAGACCUUAACUCAACAUUGAAUUACUCAUUCUAUUUACAAUUCUGUGUCAAGUUACCAGGAUGGUUUUCCUUACAGUGUGAUUUUGUUGCACCACACAGGCCGUGCUGUGUGUGUGUUGACAAAUAGAAAUGAAUUGUUCAUUUACACUGAUUUGUAUCAGAUAUGGUUAGUUACUUAGGAAGGUGUGAUUUCCAGGUAUGAGUUAACUCAUCACUUAUAGUCUACCACUACUACUCCUUUGCCAGAUAAGCUACAGUAGUACAGAGUUUGAUGUUUCUCACAAUAACACUCAAGGGUAUUGUUCAUUUGUAAACCAGAGUUUCCUUGUGACUGGGUCUGUAAAAAGAACAGAUAGAUUUAUGUGGUAACAAGUCAGAUGCUUUUAGUUAUAAAGGUUUUGCACUUUGGCAGCUGGGGGAAGUGCCUUCUUAGGGUGAGUGGGUGGUGGGGCAGUAAUGGUGUGUCCUGAGAACAGCAGGCGGUGGCUGUGUGGUCUGUAGUGGGGGAAACAAGUUUGCUUGCAAUUGAAUAGAAUGAGUGGCAAUUGUCACAUUGGACCAUGUAUCAGUCCUUCAUGGUUUGGAGCUGGACAAUACCCUUAGAUUCACUAGUCUAAAGGAAUCCUAGAGUAGGAAACAGGACUUGUAGUCUUAUAACUGUUUAGCGCCAAGAUUGUUGUUCCAUUGCACUGGGGACGGUGUAGACACUGCAGCGUAUGGUGAGGGAGCACACCAGGCUGGCACACUGGAGGCAGGCUGGUAAUGGAGGGCUGCCUUUGUACCACCCAUACAGUGGCAGCUUACUGUGCGAGUAUACUGUACCUACACUCUAUGCUGAUACAGUAUAUGCUAAUGGAGGUUGUAUUGUUAAACAUGGUGAAAUGAAGAACACAGAUGUUAUUAAUGGGUGAAGCAGUCUGUAUAUAGAAUGUGUGCACCAAGUAAUAAUUGUAAUAGAGUAGUCAAUUCUCACUUCAGUCAGUGGUAUGGCUAGAGAGAGAGAGAGAGAUAAGGAGGUGAGGAGCAGUUAGUACAUAUGAUAAAUCUGGUAUCCACAAUGAGCAGCAUGUCAGUGUGGUCAGUGUGUGCACCUUUUACCUGUUGUCUUGGCUCACUAGAGGGAGAUUGUGCUCUGCUUUGAUGUGGUUUUUGUCAUGAGUGCCAUGGAAGGCCAGUACAAUUUGCAACUUUUAGUAUUAAUUUAUUGAUGAAAUGUAAUAAUUGACGAGAACAUCUUAAUAGAAAUUUCACUUUUGUAUGAGUCUGGCCAUUUCUUUUCGUAAUUAUUUUCAGUGACACUUGUAUUGCUUAUUAUAACUGUAUGCAUUGGCUUGCUUUAUUCAGAAUGCUGUUUUUAAUAGGAAAUAUACAUAACUGAAUCUUGAAUUGCAAAAAUUUUUUCAAUGAGUGCUAUGAUGCGUCUUAAUCUUGUGUAGCAUCAUCGUCGUCUUAGUGAGUGAGUUAAGGUAAUGAACAUGCAACAGUUUCUCCACCAAUCUUGUGCAAGCUCAGCCUUCCACCCACUCCCUGCCACUGCCACUGCCACUGCUACUGUGUGCGGGAGCAGUGCUGGGAGCUGGUGGAGGGGAAAAUGUUACUACUUGAAUGGCAGCCUUGAAACGAAACACAACAGGUACUUUGAACCAUUAAAUGACCCUCUGUCUUCCUUGUCUUGAUAACAGACGAACAACCAGAGAGAAGGGAAGGGUGUUGCUGCACUAGGUUAAACCAGGCUGAGAGGGGAAGGUGUUGGCUGCAAUAGGUCACAAUGGGAGAAGGCUUUUGAACAUUAGGGUGAUAGUAAUGACGGUGGAAAGGAAAGGGUACUGGGGUGGGAAGGAAUGUAAGAAUUUUGCCGCAUUGCUGUGAUGGCUGUGGUAAUGUUACUGUAAGGCUUGCAUGGGCAGACUUGUAACACAACCCAUAAUGUUGCCAGUAUGUACUGUACUAUUAUCUAUGAACUACCAAGCUUUACUAGGAUAAGUUACUACUACUGUACUGUUACUAUAUUGUACAUCUUAACCUUAGUGAAGAGGAUGAGAGUGUCUUGUGAAACUCGUGUUGCUUGACUCUGUGGUGCACUUGAUUCUCCUACAGUGUUUGGAAAGACGUUGCUACUUCUGUGUCAGUUUUGAGCUUUAUGUCUCAGUCGGAAGCUUGUCUGUGAAAGAGUGAGACAGUGAGAUGCGUUUGAUAAAUUUGUAAGUGAAGUGAAAGAUGCGUUAAUUUAUUGUGAGUGUGUGAGUGUGUGUGUGUGUGUGUGUGUGUGUGUGUGUGUGUGUGUGUGUGUGUGUGUGUGUGUGUGUGUGUGUGUGUGUGUGUGUGGAGCAGGUCAUUCUUGGUCAUUACAGUGUGAUUUGUUGGGUCGUGUUUAUUUGUAUUGUUUGUUGUUACAUACUUUUUAUAAGAUUUGUGCCGUGAUGCUUAAUUGACUGUGUUUUGCGUCAAUGGUUUUUAAAGAGGCUUAACUUUGAGACAUGUUUUAGUUUACUGCGAUCCUGAUUUACUAUUCUGUGUUUAUCUUGUGGGAGUAUUUUAUUUAUCUAUUGCAAUCUUGAUAUAUUAAUUUAUUUGUAUGUAUUUAUCUUAUCUCUGUUAUGAUAUGCUAUAGAUUCAUAACACAUAACUUUGUAUUUCCUAAGCUCACCAACCAUUUCCUGAUGUUAUGUUGGUUAAUAGUUUAUCAGGUGACAAUGGCAUGGCAAUGACCUGAUCUGACCUCUCCAAGGGUGUGCAGGUGUCAGGGUCAAGACAGGCCUUGUUAUAUUCCCGCACUAGUCGUUGGCCAGAUAUGACGCUCGUUUACCUGUUGGUUCUAUGAUAGAGUAAGACGUGUACUUAAAUGUGUUCACUGGCAUUUGAACGACUGUUGUUUAUAUCAUAGUUUAUUCCUCGGAAAUAUAUAUAUGUCAUUACUA